AUGGCCAGAGGAGGAUUCAUUCGGAUUUUGAGCGUUCUGAUCGCCGUUGCGGUCGUGAUUCAGCUGCUGCUUGGCUGCGGAGUGGAGGCUCGGCCGUUCAAUAUACUGAAGUCCGAUGCGGAGAGCAGCGGCAGUGGCGGGAGCUGGUGGGCCGAUGCGGCCUUCUGGGAGGGGUUGGCCCUUGGAGCGGUGAAGCAAUCGGGGCCCAGCCCAGGCGUCGGGAACAGCUUCACCGAUGCUGCCAAUGAUGGACCCAGCCCCGGAGUGGGCCACUGA